UACAAACCCAAUCAGUUAUUAGAAACGCCAGCAAUCUAACAUGUAUACAAAAAACAAACAGGAAAGCAGUAUCUAGGAAUUACAGUGUAGCGCCGUGGAUUCACUGUGAACGCACACCGUUGAUAAGCUUAGGGACAGAUUUAAGAAAGCCCAUGAAUCGAUAAAAAUAAUUAGCCCUGAUAGAAUAAAACAGCAUGGAUCUAUCAUGUGAAGUGCGAGACUUUUAUAUCAGUUGGUAAAUCCUUUGUCACACCAAGACUGCUGUAACAAUAGAGGUUAUUAGAUAGAUCCAUGACGUCACUAACAGGACUCUCUAACUGACAUAAGCAGAAGGUGUAGGAAUGUGAGGCGAUUGACCACAGAUCGAGGACAAUCCAACAAGUUGACUUGGAUCGAUCGAUAGACAGGACGAUUUAAAAUGCCGAGGUCUUUCCUUGUGAAGAAGAUUUCUGAGAAGAAAGGGCCAUCGAGUCGAAAUGUGCCUGGACUGGCUCACCGCGGAUUUGGUUACACGGACAAGACGCACACCGGUUCAUCGCGCACUUUUCUCAAUCAUUUCGACUCGAAACCCAAGCAAGAUUCGAAGAUCAAAUACUGGAAUGGUUUAGGAACACCUUGUAUCUACCCUGCUGAAGUAACAAGCGUUCCUGGUUCUAAAGAACACUCAUCCAUGACCGAGACUCGAGUGAAAUUUGAGCACUCAUCAGAUCAAGUUGACAUCGGCUUGGUUGGGGAAGUCGAUUCUGAUCCACAAUCUUCACCAAGCACGGACAAACGCCCAAAACACCAAUGCCAUCAGUGCAGUAAAUGUUAUUCAACGCUUCUUGGUCUCGCGAAGCACCAGCAAUUCCACUGCAACACGCAUCACAAGAAGACGUUCACCUGUAAGCACUGUGAUAAGAUCUAUGUGUCACUUGGAGCCUUAAAAAUGCAUAUUCGCACCCAUACACUGCCGUGUAAGUGCAAAAUCUGUGGCAAAGCCUUCAGCCGUCCCUGGUUGCUUCAAGGACAUAUUAGAACUCACACAGGCGAAAAACCAUACCAGUGCUCGAUUUGUAAGCGAGCUUUUGCGGAUCGUUCCAACCUGCGUGCUCAUAUGCAGACACAUGCUGAGGUCAAAAAAUAUUCUUGCUCGAGAUGUGCCAAAUCCUUCUCCAGAAUGUCUUUAUUGGUAAAACAUGAGGAUUCUGGAUGUCUUUCCAUUUCACACGACUAAAUACUGCACCACAAAUAUAUUUACCAAACUUUAAGCUUUUUACACAUUUGCAAGGUGUCAAUAGAACAAAAAAUUUCUCUAACAUGACUAACUGCCAAGAAUGAUCUCGAAGGGUUUUAGAUUUUUUACCGGUGUUUUCGACAAUUAAAAUUUACAUUUUAUGAAAAAAAUUGUCCCAAAGCUGAACAAUUUUAAGAAUAAUGAAUUUUUGAUCGAUUGCGCUUUAAGAGUUAAUUAACAUCAUCCUCGAGCUUUUUAUAGAAGCGCCGCAAAGCCGCAGCUAUUCAAAAAUCUUUAGGAUUUUUUUUGACAGCAGAAAGUUUACAAUUGAAUUGACUUCGAGUUCCUCAAAGUUUACUGUCCGUAGAUGACGGCAGAAUAGUGUUUUUGGUUGUGUGCCAUGUUAUUGAAGCGCAGUAAGCAACAGGUUGUAAAGGUAUGUCAGAUUAACAACCCUUAUUAGACUAAAUAGUUGACCAUCGAGGAAGAUAAGAGGCGACAUCAAAAGCAAACAACAUUUAUUGAAUAUACUGAAGAGUGUUUUAGCUCAGACGGGCGAAAGUUCCAAGGAAUUUAAUAAUGAAUAAAGAGACUCAGAAUAGA